AUGCCUAACACCCCAAGGUUCAGCGAGGCGCGCAGCCCUCACAGAUGGUGCCGGGACUACAAGGCCGUGAACGCAGACAAGGACGAGAGGGGUGCGAUCACCACGAAGAACACCUGCCGCGCGAUCAUGCGCAAGUACGACAGCGACAAUUGCUUUUGA